AUGCUAACGCCUACUGCGGCGAGGAGAUGGCGCCCUACACUGUUUCUCGUCCUAUCCUUGCUUGCCCUGCUGCUCUUUGGCGGCAGGGCCGAGGCUUCUGUUGGCGACCGCCUCACGGACUUCCGCGAGUGUGUCGAGGUAUGCAGGAGUGAGAAUUGUGCUCCAGGAAAACCGCAGACGCCAAUCCCCCUUGUUCAUCGUCUACUUCUCUGGGACUGCCCGGCCGAAUGCGACUAUACAUGCCAGCACAUCGUGACACGGCGGCGCGUUGCCGCUGAAGAGGGCGUGGUGCAGUUUCACGGCAAGUGGCCCUUCCACCGGCUACUAGGCAUGCAGGAACCGUUGUCAGUUGCCUUCUCGCUGGGCAACCUGGCGGCGCACCUCAGCGGCCUGUCAAAGAUCCGCGCCGGCAUUCCCCCAUCGUAUACGUUGCGGCCUUUCUACGAGAUGCUCGCCUACGUCGGCGCCGCGAGCUGGAUCUUCUCUGCCAUCUUCCACAGCCGCGACUUUCUCCUCACCGAGCAGCUCGACUACUUCGCUGCGGGCGCCAACGUUCUCUACGGCAUGUAUUACACGACGGUGCGGCUGUGGCGGCUCGACCGCCCCGAGCCCAAGAUUCAAUCAGUCUUGCGUGCCUGGACGGUAUUGUGCCUGGCUAUGUACUCGGCUCACGUCGCGUACCUGAAGCUGUGGCGCUGGGACUACGGCUACAACAUGGCGGCCAAUGUGGCUUGCGGCAUAGUGCAGAACAUAAUGUGGUCCUGGUUCAGCUUCAACAAGUACCGCGAGACCAAGAGCGCCUGGGCCAUGAUCCCAGGCUUCACCGUUGCCUGGGUCAUGAUGGCCAUGAGCCUCGAGCUGUUCGACUUCCCGCCGCUGUGGGGUGCUAUUGAUGCCCAUAGUCUCUGGCAUCUGGGGACUAUCUUGCCUACAUACCUGUGGUAUAACUUCUUGAUCAAAGACGCCCAGGAUGAUAUUGCAAGAACGCCUAGGCUCAAGGCUUAG